AGGAUAGGCACAAGCAUCUUUACCUUGAUUACACAAUUAUCAUUUCGAUUUAAUAAUUCUUUCAUUUACGUUUUAAAAGUUUUCCAAGUUAUUUCGCGAUUGAUUUUGUUUUAUUUCGAGUAAAAAGUAGUGUGAAUUGUGCGCGUAUCGUUUUAAAAGUCGACUUCGUAUUGAUUCGGUGUAUUUGAAGUGAAAAUGUAUUGAUGUGUUAACUUUGAACUGAUGUACGUGAUUGCACUAUGUUAUCGUUUUAUUACGAUCACGAUGUCCCAGUUAUAAAUGAUUCAAUUUACAGCAGUUUAUCCUCGCAAAUCGAUUCGAAAUGGCAUUGCGAUAAAUCGUUUGGUAUUUGGAAAUUAAUAAAUUCAUCGCAGCAAAGAUGCCUUUCAGCGACUAAUUGCGGUUAUAAUGAAACCCGCAACACCGUUAAAAUGGUGACGUCUAAUGUUUCUGUACAUAAAGAUUUCAAUUUAGAAACUAGUAAAAUUUGUACAAAUUAUAAUACUUGUCUGGAAAGACGGAAGAAUAGUACACCUUUCUCAUCGCUUUGGCGACCUGUACCGAGAUCCAGUACCGUUUCGAAGUCUGCCUGUUCAGCUACCUGUAUAUAAGUAAAUAAUCUAAGUCAGCUACACCAAAAAAUGAGGCGAAGAAACCGCAAACACCGUAAAUCCAUCCAUCAAGAAAGCCACCCCAGGACAAUAGCCACCAAGGGGAGUAACGCGGAUGACACGUCGUGUAACAGAAAUCUGCGUCACUUCACCGCCAAAUCAGAACCUAUAACCAGUUGCCAGUUCAAUUUAAUCGUCAAAAAUAAAAAAACUCCGAAGAAAGACUCCAAAAAUAAAGAAAAACGUAACGCCAAAACUAAAAAAGAACCCAUAACAGAUUGGCUGGAUAAUAACAUGUUGGAGAAUAACAUAACCAUGUCGUUUCCGUCGUCCAAAGGAUCAACAGAGUGGUAUUUCAUCCCGUUAAACUGUUAUUGCGAUAUCAACGAGAACGACGAUUUUAAUAAUUUUAUGGAGAAUAAUAUAUUCAUGUAUUAUGGAAGUAACAGUUCCUCGAUGAUCUCGCGCUAUAAUAAUAAUAGACGUAAAAAUAUUACGCACGACAAGAGCAUGGUAUUAGAGUUCCCUCAGCUACGUAAAUCCAGAUCUUCGAGCGAAUCCUCAAUUAAUAGCGACGAUAGCUUCAUAUGUUUCGAAAUUACAGACGAUUACGAUGAUCACGAUGAAAUUCGUUACGUUGAUGAUAUUGCCGAUAAAAAUUACCCCGCCGAUACUUCAAACAUUCCUCUAGAUACUCCUGAUACAUCAUCGAAAAAAAGAAAACGAGUCCGUUUCGCUGAUAACUCACAACUGGCCACCGUACACCUUAUCAUCGCAUGGGAUUUCGCUUACAGAGCAGCUCGUAUUAGUCCAUGGGAGAUGGUUGCUCGGGACGCGAACCGAUUCCAAUCGAAAAUUCGUUCAAUAGAGCCUAUAAUUGCCCCUGUUCUCGACCCAGUCCAUAGAUCUAAAAUUUGGCACGAAAGGAUGGAAAAAUUUUAUAAAUAAUGUAAAAAUAAGAGCAUUUCUGUUUAAGGUUAUAUUAAUUUUGUUUAAAUAAAAUUCUCAUGUAAAUAUUUCUUAAAAA